AUGAAAAUUGAUAUCCACCCGCUGACGGAGGAUCCCACAUCUGCAUGGAAAGAAAUCUCGAAAUCGCAGCGAGUGAUUAAAAUCAACACCAAACCCCCGGCUGCCGAUGUCCCAGAAAACAAGGUACGCGUUGUCUGCAUGUCCGACACUCAUUCAUUGACGCACCACAUCAAGUUCGACAUCCCGGACGGAGAUAUAUUCGUCCAUGCGGGGGAUUUCACGCGGUGCGGCAAGCUGGACGAGGUGGUUGAUUUCAACGAAUGGUUAAAGAAACUACCCCAUAAGCACAAACUUGUGAUUGCUGGAAACCACGAGUUGAGCUUUGACCACACAUUCACUCACCCGUUUCAAAAUGCGAGCGCCUGCUGCAAGAAAACAGGAUCGACGCUGCUGGACGAAAUACCGACCUUAGGAAACUCGAAGGAGUGCCUGGCGGAGGCUGUGAAAACGGAAAACAUUCGGCAGUACUUGAGCAGUUGCACCUAUCUGCAAGACGAGUGCGUGGAGCUGUACGGGCUGAAAAUAUACGGUACACCUUGGCAGCCGGAAUUUUGCAAAUGGGCGUUUAAUGUGAAGCGCGGCCAGGCCUGCCUCGAGAAGUGGGAACAGAUACCGGAGAACGUCGAUAUAUUGGUUACGCACACACCGCCCGUUGGGCAUGGGGAUCUUUGCUGCUCGGGAGUACGUGCCGGGUGUGUUGAGCUGCUUACUACUGUGCAACAACGGGUAAAACCAAAGUACCACGUGUUUGGACACGUCCACGAGGGUUACGGCAUCACUUCCGACGGUAGGAUAAUAUUCGUCAACGCCUCUACAUGCGAUAUUAAUUAUCUACCGAACAAUCAACCAAUAGUUUUCGAUAUAACCUUACCGAAGGGACGUACUAAAGACAAUUGA